UAUCAGUUGGCUUGGUUUACUAUUUUUUAUCCUAUUUCAUGAUUUUAAUUUUUUGCAAUAUCAAAUAAAAGUCUUCAUUAUUUUUAAUGUCAAAACAGUUUUUCAAGAGUUUCAAUUCUAAGGAAAUUUGCGUUGUUUGACAUGUUUGUGGCGUACACUGCAAGCCUGCAACUAAAAGGUUGUCAACAGAAAAAAUGAAAUUGAAAGCUGUCCGAAUCAAGCUAAGAAUGAAGAAUAAAUGGGUAAUUUGAAUGAUUCUAAUCAACAAAUCAAAUGGAGUUGUUCAAACCUACAUGGAUGUUCCGAUCUCCCCCAGAAAAUGUGAAAAUAUUGCAAAUGUGCAAUUCUCCUCAAAAUUGUCUUUUUGGAAUGGCUUGCACCAAAGCUCAUUCCCCUCAGGAGCUCCAGGAAUGGUCAAUCCGCAUUUCAUAUGAAAUGCAUGAAAACAAAAGAUCCAUGAUGGAGAGAAAAUGUCUAUCACAAAUCGAGUCAAUCCGAAACAUAAUAAAUGAAAGUAGCAGACUUGGUUUGCCACCAAAAAAUGUUUUGACUGAAGUGUCUGGUGGUCAAAGUGUCUUAUGCAAACAGAACUUGUUCGUUACACAUCUUGAUAAGAACAAGGAGAUUUUCUGGGAGUUCAUUGUGAAAACGAACUAUAAUAAUAAGAAUCACAACAGUUCAACCCAAGGCUUACAAAAUGUGUUUUUUCUUGAAAAUGAUUGUCGCGAAUUCUCCUUCAGUAGCCUUACUAAUGGCAACGAAGAUGAGCCCUUAAAAAUCCAUGGUAGCGAGUUUUCCCUUGCAAAGUUCUACCCUUCUUCCGUGAUGUUUGCCAAGAUAUGUGUGAAGUUCCGUUCGCCGUCGUACGGUCAUUUUAAUGUCACCAUUAUUUUUGAUUUCGGUUUUGCUCCGAGAAUUGUUCGCCAUGUCGGUGUUGUUGUAGCCCCUGAGAAACACCUUUUUGAGAAGUUGUCCUCAACACCAAUCACUACAUCGGAUGAAAAACACAAUGAAUUGACGUGGAUGCAGAAAUAUAAACUAAUAUCAUUUGAUGACAGUUCCCCAGAUGAUAGUGUUACGCCUGGCACUGAAGAAUACCCUCUACCAGCAAACCUGAAAUACGGUGUAGAAUAUGGCGCGUUUGAAUACAUGGACGUUAAUUUAACACCUGAAAAUUUUCGCGAUCGUCUUCAUAAUUUGCUGUUUGUUGAAGAAUACGAAAGGCGAAAAAGAAUGUCAAGGUUGAAUGUCCAUUGUCACGAUAUAUUCACGCUAUUUCGCAAGCGCACAAAACUUCCAUCACUGAGAACCGUUGAUGCCCAGAAAGCCGUAUUUAUUCCCAUGUCUGAAGAAACGUUGGAAGAAGUUGGUAUUCUUGUGACCCGAGGAUCCAAAGCUUUGAUACGGUUACGACAGUUUAUGUAUGGUGCUGACGACUCCGAAGAUUUUGUCGUUCACGAGGCUCUAGUUAUCAACAUUUUAUGUGGAGAAAUUAUUCUUGAGAUCAGUUCAAAAACGCUAACUCUACUCAAGUCUAUGUCUUCACCAGUUCCAGUUGACAUUUGCUUCCGAUUUGUCAACACAUUUCUCUGUAUGCAUUCUGCAAUUGACCGGGUCAAUCUUGAUCUAAUCUUUUAUCAACCGUUGUCCAGACUUGUUAAUGAGACCAACCGUAAACCUUUGCUGCUACGUCAUUCGCAAUUGAGUCCUACACAAGCUACCGCUCUUUCAGGGAUUAUUAACAGUUCACGAGGUCCUCCAGUGUUACUCCUCGGACCAUUUGGUACUGGAAAAACGCAAACUGUUGCAGAAGCUGUAAAAAUCCUAAUAUCGGAGCAGUCGCAAAAAUGUCGUAUUUUGAUUUGCACGCAUUCCAACAGCGCUGCUGACCAUUAUAUUGAAGAUUAUCUACAUCCUCUUUUUACGAAGGACGAAAAUACAUUGUGUGAGAAACCUUUGAGACUGUACUGGGAGCACCGCUUGGCAACUAGCAUCAGUGAUACAAUGUUGCCAUAUUGUAUCAUGGAUCUUAAUACUGGUACGUUCAGAAAUCCAACUCUUGAAGAACUUGCGCGAAAGACUAUUGUUGUUACGACAUUGGUUACCGCUGACCUGCUUAUCAAAUGCGGUGUUAAACCUGGAUUUUUUACUCAUAUACUUAUUGACGAGGCAGCGCAAGCGAUGGAAGUGGAAACGCUUAUCCCUCUCAGUCUGGCGACAAAAGAGACAAAAGUUGUAUUGGCCGGAGAUCACUUACAGUUAAGUCCACCGGUAUUUUCAUCAAUUGGCCGCAAGCUGCAGUUAGAUAAGUCACUACUAGUACGUCUCUAUGAAGCCUAUCCUGCAAACUCUCCACGCAAGAUACUGUUACUAGAAAACUUCCGUUCCUAUCCGGAGCUCGUGAAUAUCCCGUCCAAACUAUUCUACGAAGGAUCUUUGAUUUCCAAGAAACAGUUACCUGGUGAUUUACAGUAUCCAGUCAAGCUCUAUGGUGUGUAUGGUUUAGAAGAGAAAACAAGAGAUAGUCCAUCAUAUGUCAAUAUGGCAGAGGUAGCCGAGAUAACGGAACGAGUCGAAGAAAUGGUUAAUACGUGGCCCAAACAGCAUUUUGGAGAGUUAAAGCUGGAGAAAACGUGCGUGCUAAGCGCGCAUUACGGCCAGAUAAGACAAGUGCGUCGAGAGUUACGCUUGAAUGGCCUUCACAAUGUCCGUGUUGAGAAUAUAAAUAACGUGCAAGGUUUGGAAUUUGACGUUCUUUUUCUAUCAACUGUCCGAACAUCUCGCGUGUUAAGUCCAGGUCAACACGAAGGAAAAGAUUUGGGCCUCCUGUCUAAUCCAAAGCUACUGAAUACAGCGAUUACGAGGGCGAAAUUCUGUUUGGUGGUUAUCGGUGAUCCGAAAGCUCUUUGUUCUGUCGGUGACUGUAGAGUUUGUUGGAAGACGAUUCUGUCGCUGUGUAGUGAGAACGGUACUUUUCACUACCGCCUUCCUCUUACACAAGUGCUGAAUUCUAUACGCGAAGAACAGACCCAGAUGCUACAACCUGAGUUCAACAAUAGCCUACAGCAGUACCAGCCGCGACAGUAUCACCAUGUUACACCACCAAUUCCCAAUAGGUUUCCUUUCUUUCCAGAACAGAUGGGUGGUAUAAGACAAGUACACCCACUGAAUAUGUUGCCUGUAAACCCUCUUAAUAUGUCACCCAAUCCACCUACUGCCCUAUCGACUGCACCACGUUCCUAUCCUAGUAUACCACAAUAUACCCCGUAUCCUAGAGUCUUAUAUAACAAUGUUUACGAUCAAAGUCCAGUGGGGUUUCAUCAACCAGCGCCCCAAACACCUACAUUUGUUACGCCACCAAAUUACCCAUCCCAAACCUAUGUUCCUGAAGUCGCUUACAAUCAUGUUGGCGGUAAUCGUGCAACACUCAACUUUGGGAGUAUUUACUCUCAGCAUGACGUGGGGUUUUCUACAGGGAGACCACAUGCUAAUCCAUUUCAGAUCGGUUUACUUAACAACAGUACGUACGCAACAAAUCUCCAAGCCCAAACUGGAUUUAUUGUACAGUCAACAUCAUCUUCUCCAGCACCACGACCUAGAAGCGAUACUAAGCAUCAAAGCAAUGCUUCGUGGCAGGACAGAUCUUAUAACGCACCUAGUCACGACGAACUGUCUACAUUGACGAACGAGUUGGUUGUAAAGCUCGACCCUUCAACAUCCAAUAUCGAUGGCUCACAUCCAGACAUUAAGAGUGCCAAGAAUGAAUUCAGUAACCCCGCUACAAUUCGUGAAGAGUCCUCUUUAUCCGAGAUAUCUGUACAAAGAGCCCACGAAAUCUCCCCAACUAGAACGCUAGAAGAAUCAUCCAUCGUGUCAUUGUGCCAAAAUAUACGGAAAAAUGUUGUUGCGUCAUUGCGGCAUAUCACAGAAUGUGAAGAAGCAAUGAACAUGUUCAUCGAAGAUCCCUCAGAUGAUGCAUCAGUUGAAAUAAGAGAAAACCUUAAAGCGCAGCUUGCCUUGGUUCGUCAUGAGAAAUCCUUAUUAGAGCAACAACAGACGCUGAAUAGAACUCUAGCGAAAAACGUUCAUUCUUUGCAAGUGAAUGCUGUGAAAAAUCAAGUACAUCGCGAUCCUUCCCUGAGUCUCUCCCCAAACCCUCGCUUGACUCACGUCUACAAGAUUGACCUCGACAGUGAUCACGAAGUUCAAGAAUGGUACCGACUACGACGACAAGAUCCAAUCGUGAAUGAUUACAUUAAGUCCUUCGAAAUGCUUUUGGAACGUGCACGAACACGAGGUCAUCCAGGUGAUAAAACUACGGAAUCUUGUGAAAUUACCGCUGUUGAUAAUUCUGACUUGAUGAACAGUUUACGAGGCUGGGUUCUGCAACCUCAAAGCGUUUUCUAUCCUUCUGAAGAUCUACUAUACGAAACCUACUUGGGUAUAGAAGAAGUGAACAGAAAGCUGGAGAAUGGAGAACUUGUUUGUUGUGCCCUCUCCAUGGACAAAUCUUCAUCUGGGAAGUCAGCGUCAUGUGUGGUCGAUGAUCCAAUGGAGAAAAAUAUUGUUAUUCCUGACAGAAAGAGCAUGAACAGAGCUUUUAAUACAGAUCUUGUUGCUGUGGAGAUUACACAUGAUCCAGAAGGACAAAAUAUAAAAGAAGGGAAGGUGGUCGCUAUAAUCCAAGAAAGGCAUCAUCGACGAGUAAUAUGCCGCUUAGCCUCUCCAGAAUCAACACUUAUGAUUCCAUUGAACAAUACCAACCCAAAAUUCUCGAUAUUGCAAAGUGAUAAUCAUGUCGGACAGACAGGUGUUGCUGUAUUUGAUAUACACGGAGAUCAAAUUCGCUUUCAUAAUUUUGUUUCAGAUGUUGAAGAUAAACUUUUUCUUGUUCAGUUUUUGAAAUGGGACGUUUCAUACCGUUAUCCUCUGGGUUUUGUAGCGAAGUGCUUUGAGGACUACAAUGAUAUGGACAAAUUGAUUCCGAUCCUUUGUUUUGAUUACGGAAUCCAGCAGGAAUUUCCUGCCGCAGUUAUUAAAGAAAUUGAGUUGCGUUUCCCCGAGAGUUGGCAGCUCCCUAAGGAAGAGCUGGAAUCCAGAUGCCGGUAUGAAGAUGCUUUUACGAUUGAUUCCGAAGGAGCUGAAGAGCUUGAUGACGCAAUCAGUGUCCGCCCUGUAAAGUAUGGGAUCUAUUCCAUAACAGUCCAUGUUACUGAUGUCUCGUAUUUCGUAGUCAAAGGUUCCUUGAUUGACAGAAUAGCUCAAGAAAGAGCAACCUCUGUAUAUUUACCAUCAAACAUAACGCUCACAUUAUUACCAAAGCGAUUAAGUCACAUAUGUAGUCUGCUGCCAGGUAAAGAAAGAUUGGCCGUCUCAAUUGAAUUUGUUAUUGAUUUAAGUGGAAACAUACUUCGUUCUCCGAUCUUUCGUCGAAGUGUUGUGGUAUCACAACGACAGCUGAGCUUUGACGAUGUAGAUGGCUUCUUAUCUGGAGAAAAAUCAUCGACCCAAAUAUCAUCGCCUGUGUUACGUUCACUACAAAUCCUUCACUGUUUAUCACGUGAAUUGUGGGCACGCAGGGUGCGUGGUGGCUCAUUUCAGGCAUGCGCAGAAGCACAUUUGCAACCUCCUUCGCGCAGGAUUGUGGAAGAAUUGAUGAUUAUCGCCAACAUGGCCGUAGCCAACAAACUAUCCAACCUUCCAGAUUCGCAUGUUGCUCCACUCCGAGUACAGCAAUCGCCCAAGUACCAUGUACUUCAAGCACUUGUCUCCUGGGCGGCUGAGAAUGGGGUUAAUUUAAAUGAAACGUGGCUCACCCAAUGGUUGACCGGUUAUCAGGAGCAAGAAUCAUCGCACUCAUCAUCAGUGUGUGUUAAUCUGAAGAUUUGGCAGCACAUUUGUCAAGAAAUCAAGAUAGGCAACAUGGCGGAUCUUACGGAAGAAAUAUUAUCGCAGCACAAGAAAACUCCAAUCACACCUCGACUUCAGCGUAAUCUUCCUAGAAGUAAAUAUGUUUCCUCUAAUCAAUAUUCAUCUACAGAACGGCGUCAUUUUUCUCUCAAUGCUGAUUGCUAUACGCAUUUUACAUCACCUAUACGAAGAUACUUGGACAUCGUUGUUCAUCGCGUCCUAUUUUCUGAGGCAACAGCACCACUUUAUGACGACGACGAGAUGGAGGAGCUGUGCGGGAUCCUGAACUUACGUUGCGGUGUUACAGCUGCAUUCUCCAAGCAUUGUACGGCAGUUUUGGAGGCGAAGUCGUUGCAAAGCACAGAUGGAUGGAGAACAAUGGAAAUUGAUUCAGUUGAAUCUGAAUGCAUGAUGCUCAAGAAUGUUGACAAUAGUAAGGCUUCGUCGCUUCACAAGCUAAAAAUGAGUGAUAUGGGGGCAUCCAUGUCUCAAGAUGAAGCAAAGAAAUUCGUUGCUUAUUGGAGAUUUCACGAUUUGGAUGUUAGUGGUUCUAAACAACACAGUCGUCCUCAAACACCAUCUAAAGCUCCACAACAUCCCUCUUCUUCCCCAGAGUUAGGAGGACAUGUAAAUGAAUCGCCGCUUUUCAGAGGAAACUUCAGUCUUCAACAUCCUUUGGCGCCAUCUUUCCAGCGUGAAAGAUCCGCCUCUUUGGGUCAAGAAUUUGAAACAAGUCAUAUGGUUGAAAUUCCGGAAGAAUUGUGGUGUGAACUGCUAAACUCUACCAAGAAGGAAGAUGCCUCCGCUAUAGUUAAAUCUAUGGAUAACAUCAACAAGCACGCUGUUGUUAGCAAAAAGCCAAGUUCAACUUACGACGGGUCGUCAAUGUCCAUAGAUACUUCAGGUUUUAAUGUUUUAACUUGCUCGUUCCAAGCAGGAGAAAAGCUGCAAGUUUUGUUCACUUGUUCCUCGGUCAAUGGUCUUCCACAGCUGCUACUUCAAGCAAUAAAUGUGAUACCUGAGAAAAUAUGUUGCAUUCUGCAUCAUAGGCAACCUGUGGAAUGUUUUUGUGAUAGGGUCGAAAUUCCUGCGCGAGAAAAAUAUUCUUCGUCAAAAGAGUACCAGCAAAUUAAUAUUCCAUUACUUAAGAUGGAGUCUGCUGAGAAAAGUGUUCGAGCAAAAUUGCCUUCUCUGCAUAUUAGAAAUGUGGUAAUAAAAUGGACAAAAGAUGCCUCUAACGCCAUUCAUGGUGAAUUGAACAUACGAACUGAUAGAUUCUUACCGUCAGCAGUUCAUAAAGAUGACUUCGUAUGUGUUUAUUUCAUUUCAUCUCAUGUUAUUCACCAUGGCUGCGUUGAAGAUGUGCCGAUACCUCUAGAGGAGUCCGUUUAUAUACGGUUGGUAUUAAACUCGGGCUGCACUACUGAACCUUUAGGAGCAGCUAAUGUUGAAGUUAUCCCACAAUGCAUUAAUUUCCGACGUAUGAUAUAUGCAGUAAGAUCUCUUCCUAAUGGAACAGAGGAUGUUUGCUCGUUGUUUUUAAAGCGAUUUUUGCGAUCAUCCAUAAAACAAAGCAGAUCAAAGAAUGCUCAUACCUCAUCUUUUACUUUGGAUUCAAGUCAAAGAAAGGCAAUGGACGGAGCUACUCAUUCUUCAUUUACUAUUAUUGAGGGACUCUCAGGCACUGGUAAAACCUACACAGCUGCUGCUAUCGCAGAGCAGUUCUUUUUGGAAAAUUCCUCCCAAAAGUCAACAACUAAUGUGUUAUUGUGCUGUCCAACUAAUCAAGCAGUCAAUGAUGCUGAAAAUAUCCUUUCUCGAGUCCCUACAGUUCGUAUUCUUCGUUUGUAUGAACGUGAAAUAGAAAUCCAGUCUUUUCCAGAAUUGAUCGCUGUGUACGGUUGCUUUAUGAGAUCUUCAGAAACACAAACCAUAUUACAAGAUUCAGCUUUGCAUUUUAAAAUCCGAAGCAGCUCCAAUCCUUUUCACAGGAAGAUACAGAAGUAUGCUAAUAAACUGCAGAUGUUAACAGAAUACAAAAGAGGGGAUAUGAUGCAAUUACGAAGAGUUAUUGAAGAAUACAAGAAGGUUAUUGAUAUGGCUGAGGAGUACGAACUCACUGAACAUGGCGUGAAUAUCAUAUUAUGUACCUGUAAUGAAGCAGGAAGCUCACGAAUGGAGAAUCAUGCUAGGGUGAAGCAAUGUAUAAUAGAUGAAAGCCAUCAUUCCCCUGAAGCAGAGAGUUUGUCAAUGUUUCAAACACUCAAUGCACGUUGUGAGCGAAUUGUUCUUCUUGGAGACACCACGGUGAAAAAUUUGCCAAUCAUCGAAAAUAAACUUGCAAGACGUUUUGGUCUCAACAAGUCCGUAUUUUCCUCACUAAGAAAUGGAAAAGGAAAGAAUGGAUUACCGAGACAUGUUUUAGACACACAGCAUAGAAUGCUUGGGAUAUAAGUUGUGGUUUUUGUUAGAUUAUGUUAAUAAAUUAUGUUGGGAAGCCCGUUUCUGGGACCCCUUCUAUAA